GGUGGCAAAUGCAACAUGCUGUCCAGCUUGGGGUGUCUGCUUUUCUGUGGAAGUAUUGCACUAGCCCUGGGAAAUGCACAGAAAUUGCCAAAAGGUAAAAGGCCAAGCCUGAAAGUCCACAUCAAUACCACGAGCGACUCCAUCCUCUUGAAGUUCCUACGUCCAAAUCCAAAUGUAAAAUUAGAAGGUUUUCUCUUGGGAUAUGGCAGCAACUUGUCACCAAACCAGUACUUCCCUCUUCCAGCAGAAGGGAAAUUCACAGAGGCUGUGGUCGAUGCGGAGCCUAAAUAUCUGAUUGUUGUGCGGCCUGCUCCCCCUCCGAGUCAGAAGAAGUCAUGCUCAGGUAAAUCACGCUCUCGCAAACCUCUCCAGCUGGUGGUUGGCACUCUGACACCAAGCUCCGUAUUCCUGUCCUGGGGUUUCCUCAUUAAUCCACACCACGACUGGACAUUGCCAAGUCACUGUCCCAAUGACAGAUACUAUACAAUUCGCUAUAGAGAAAAAGAUAAGGAAAAAAAAUGGGUUUUCCAACUCUGUCCGGCCACCGAAACAAUCGUGGAAAAUCUAAAACCCAACACAGUUUAUGAAUUCGGAGUAAAAGACAAUGGAGAAGGUGGAAUUUGGAGUAAGAUUUUCAAUCACAAGACUGUUGUUGGCAGUAAAAAAGUAAAUGGGAAGAUCCAAAGCACCUAUGACCAAGUCCACACAGUGCCAGCAUAUGUCCCAAGGAAGCUAAUUCCAAUAACAGUCAUCAAACAAGUGAUUCAGAAUGUUACUCACAGGGCUUCAACUAAAUCCCCAGAUAAGACUCCCUUUGGAGGAACAAUAUUAGUCCAUCUUAUUAUUCCAGGCCUUAAUGAAACCACUGUUAAACUUCCUGCAUCCAUAAUGCUUGAGAUUUCCGAUGCAAUCAAGACACAGUUAGCUAAGAAUGAAACGUUGGCAUUACCUGCUGAAUCUAAAACACCAGAGGUAGAAAAAAUCCCAGCACGGGCCAUAACAGUGCCAGAGUCAAUGCCAAGGACCACGAAACCCACUGUGUCUAGUGCACUCGACUUUUCAGAAAAAACACUAGCUUCAAGUGGAAAGCCAUGGAUUGUGCCUACAAGUAAAACAUCAGAAGAUUCCAAACUCUCACCUCGAACUGCAACAAGUGAUCCAUUUCUGGAUUCUGUCCCACCUAAAACUUCUAGAACUCUUGAACAGCCAAGGGCAACACUGGCUCCAAGUGAAACACCAUUUGUUCCUCAAAAAUUGGAAAUCUUUACAAGUCCUGAAAUGCCACCUACAACACCUGCUGCCCAGCAAACUACGUCUAUCCCUUCUACACCUAAACGACGCGUCAGACCCAAAACACCAAGAACCAAACCUGAAAGAACCACAAGUCCUGGAACAGUUACACCUAAAAUUCCUAAAAUCCCUGAAUCUACACAGACAACACUGGCUCCCAGUAAAACACCAUUUAUUUCUUUGAAACCUAAAAUUCCUCUCACCCCAGAAGGGACACCCACCAAACCUGCCCCAGAACCUCAGACUCUACCACCAUCACAGUCAACUCUAGUCAACCACCAACUACAGUCAACACAGUUAACUCUAUUAAUGAAGUUUCCUUUGAUGACACCUGGAACUCUGGAAACAAAACCUUCGACAUUAGCUCCACCAAAGACCAAACGACCAGGUCGUCGCCCCCGUCCUAAAACCACACCUAGUCCAGAUGUGCCCAAGUCCAAACCUGUUCUGGAACCUGCUACAGUGCCCCCGGAGCCUUUGGUGCCCACAAUCGCGUCAAAACCAUCCAAAAGACCUAAAACCACACGUAGACCAGAUGCACUUCAAAUCCAGCCUGAUUCAAAACCACCAAAGCAAUUACUUCCUAAACCCCAAACCCCAGCACAACCAGAUACGCCACCAACUAAACCCGUCUUUGAGCCUGUUACAUUGGAGACCGAAGCUCCCUCCCCAACCAUAGUUCCUGCCACAGACCUUGAACCUGUAACUCUGAGAACUGAGACUCCCAUGACAACGUUGGCUCCAAAAACUUCACAACGACCAAGGACACGUCGUCCACGUCCCAAACAUAAAUCCACACCGAGCCCAGCUACAUCUCAGAGCAAACUAGCCUCUGAACCUAUUACUCCUGGGACAUAUUUAGCUACAACAACAAAGAGACCUCGUCGUCCACGCCCCAAAGCUAAAACCACACCCCAUCCAGAAGUACCUCAGCCCAAAUUGGUUCCUACCACAGUCUUUGAACCAGUUAUACUUAGAACUGAGGCUCCGGUGACCACACUAGCUCCCAAAGUGUCUCAGCAAACUCAUCAUCCACCUCCCAAACCUGAAACCACAGGGAGUCCUGAAGCCCUUCAGACUGAACUGGUUCCUGCUACAGUCCUUGAAGCAGUCACUCCUAUGAAAGAGGCUCCAGGGACUGCAUUUGUUCCCGUUACAGACCUUGAACCUGUUACUCUUAGAACUGAGACACCUGGGACAACAUUAGCUACUAAAACAACACAAAGACCCCAUAGUCCAUGUCCCAGACCUAAAACAACACCAAGCCCUCAAGUACCUCAGACUGAAUCUGUUCCUGCUACAGUUCUUGAACCUGUCACUCUUAGACCCGAGACCCCAGAAACAACAUUAGCCUCCAAAACAUCACAACAGACACGUCAUCCACGUCCCAGACCAAAAACCCCACCAACUCUUGAAGCAUCUGAGUCCAAACCAGUUCCUACUGCAGACCUUGAACCGGUUGUGUUGAGAACUGAAACAUGGGUAACAACACAAGCUCCUAAAACAUCAAAACGGACCCGUCGUCCACGUCCCAAACAUAAAACUACACCAACUUCUGAAGCACCUAAAAAAAAACUGGCUCCUACUACAGAUCUUGAACCUGGCCCUCUUAGAACUAAAGCUCCAGAAAUCGUGGUUCCUCCUACAGCCCUUGAACCCAUCACUUUUAGGACAAAGACUCCCGAAACUACAUUAGCUCCUAAAGCAGCACAACGAACCCGUCGUCCACGUCCCAGGCCUAAAACCACAUCAAGCCCUGAGGCAACUCAGACCAAACAGGUUCCUGCUACAAGCUUUGAACCUGUUAUUCAUAGUUCUGAGACUCCAGAAACAACGUUAGCUCCCACUGAACUGCAAACUCUUAUUUUGAAACCAGUGACAUCAUCAAGCCUAGAAAUGACACAGAGUCAACCUGUUUCUGAAGUCCUGGAAUCGAUUACAUUAAGCACUGAGUCAUCAAAGGAAGCUCUAGCACCAACUGUAACAGAUUAUCUGUAUCCCUCUGCCAAAGCACCACUCAGUCCAGAGGAAACAAAGACUGGAGUUGUGGAAUCUAUUACAAAUGUGUCUGAACCACCCGAGACCACACUAGAGACAUCUCCUCUGCCUUCCCAAACCAUAAUCCUACCCAGCCCAGAUGAGCCUUCCACUGAGCCAGCUCCCAAGCAAGCACCGCGUGCUCCUCCCAAACCAAAAACAUCUCUACUUCCAAGAAUCCCACAAACACACCCAGCUCACGAGGUGUCCCAGCCUAUUACUUCAAAGCCAAAAGCAUCACCAAGUCCAGAAGUAUCAUAUACUCUGCCUGUUCCAAGAGAUGUGCUCCUUCCCCCUAAACCAGACCCUGAAGUCUCUCAGAGUGAACCUGUUCUGCAACCUGUUACCUUUAGAAUUGACCUACCAGAGACAACAAUAGCUCCUUUAGAGACACGAGGCAGCCCUUUUAUACCCAUGAUUUCACCAAGUACUGGUGAAGAGGAACUGCAAACCACUCUGGCAGAAACCGACCAAUCCACUCAGAAAUCCUUCACAACUAAGAUUCCACUAACAACUGAAUUGGUGACCACUCAGGCACCACACAGAUUGUAUACUACUCCUGUGAGUUCCAGAAUACCGGACAAAGCACACAUCAGACCCGUUCUGAAUAAGACAACUACAAGACCUAGUAGACUCAAACCCAGUAGGACACCUAAAGGGAAUGGAAUGGGAACAGGGAUUAAGCAAGCCCCAAAGCCAUCAGGUGCUGGUAAACAUGUGUCCAUGGACUCUACCCACUCCACCAAAAAACCAGGUACUCGCCGCCCACACUUGCCACCUAGACCUGUGCCCCCACGAAGAAAACCUUUACCACCAAAUAAUGUCACUGGCAAGCCAGGAAGUGCAGGAAUCAUUUUAUCGGGCAGAGUAACAUCUCCACCCUUGAGGGCCACACUCGGCCCUACUGAAGCCCCUUCAGAGAGAGCAGAGACAGAUGAAAAGCAACCAACAGUUCCUGCAUCAGGAGAAGAUCUUGUUAAUAUAACUGACUUUAGCUCAAGUCCAACAAGAGAAACUGAUCCUCUUGGGAAGCCCAGAUUCAAAGGUCCUCAUGUGCGAUACAUCCAAAAACCUGAAAACAGGCCCUGCUCCAUCACUGAUUCUGUCAAACUGUUCCCCAAAGAGGAUGCUACUGAAGGGAAUGCCACCAGCCCACCGCAGAACCCACCUACCAACCUCACUGUGGUCACUGUGGAAGGGUGUCCCUCAUUUGUCAUCCUGGACUGGGAUAAGCCACUAAAUGAUACCGUCACUGAAUAUGAAGUUAUAUCCAGAGAAAAUGGGUCAUUCAGUGGGAAGAACAAGUCCAUUCAAAUUACAAAUCAAACCUUCUCUACAGUAGAAAAUCUAAAACCAGAUACAAGCUAUGAAUUCCAGGUGAAACCCAAAAACCCACUUGGAGAAGGCCCACCCAGCAACACGGUGGCAUUCAGCACUGAAUCAGCGGACCCAAGAGUGAGCGAGCCAGUUUCUGCAGGAAGAGAUGCCAUCUGGACUGAAAGACCCUUUAACUCAGACUCUUACUCAGAAUGUAAGGGCAAACAGUUUGUCAAACGGACGUGGUAUAAGAAGUUUGUAGGGGUGCAGCUGUGCAACUCUCUCCGCUACAAGAUUUAUCUGAGUGACUCCCUCACAGGAAAAUUUUAUAACAUAGGCGAUCAGAGAGGCCAUGGAGAAGACCACUGCCAGUUUGUGGACUCGUUUUUAGAUGGACGCACAGGACAGCAACUCAGUUCUGACCAGUUACCCACCAAAGAAGGCUAUUUCAGAGCAGUUCGUCAGGAACCUGUCCAAUUUGGAGAAAUAGGUGGUCACACCCAAAUCAAUUAUGUCCAGUGGUAUGAAUGUGGGACCACAAUUCCUGGAAAAUGGUAGAUGCUACAAUCAGAAUCAAAAGUGCCUUCUGUUUUAUCAUGGCAAAAAAAUAAUUGGAAACAGUAUUUGUCACAUUCAUUUAAAGCUGUUAUGUUUACUAUGUAUUAAAGUUUAAUAGCAAUAGUAGAUGUUUAUUAGAAAUAUUGCUGAGAAUAUUUAUCAGGUUUUACAAAAUCAUUUUAAGAAAACAAGAUAUUGACAUUAACAGAAUAACAUUUUUAGGGAAGCUGGCUCCCUACUCAUGGUAUUUUAAGAGAUCAUUUGUAUAUUAUUUAUCACUCUGUUGUAAUGAUGUUUUGAGAUACUUUUAUAACAAAUUUAACAUCAAAAACUAAUAUACUUUUAAAAAAAUAUUUCCUUUUAUUAAAGUGUAUUCUUCUUACUGGUGAGUUAAUGCCAUAAAUCUCAACUUGGUUUAACUUAUUAGAUCAAAUUAUCUUGAGCAUUUGUAUCUGGGGGGAAUGAAGGUCCUAAUAUUCAUGUUUAUUUAAACUUUAAAUUUUUAGCAAUAGCUAAACAGCUUUUCUGAAGCAUUUCAAUACUUAACCAUUCAUACCAAUAUACAUUUCUUUAAAUCUGUGCAAAUUACUAAAAAGCCUGUUUGAAUCAUUAUAUUUGAUUUCAGCUGCAAACCGAAUAGAGUAUCUGAUCUGUUCAAUUUCAAAAUAUACAUUUUGUUCUUUCUCUACCCAUAAAUAUGCUACAAUGUCUGAAUGUACUUUGUCAAACUACCCUUUAACCAGGGAUUUGUCUUCAUACUGUUAAUAUAAUUCUAAUGAAGCUGUACGUAGAGACUGAAUGUGAAGUCUGAGCACAAACACCCCUACAUUUUACAGGUCUCCUGUUUUUAGACCUCUAGGAAUGAAUGUAUCAGAGAAUGUUUUCGUAAUUUUGUCUAACUCAACCUGUAAUGAAAAUUUAAAAAAAAAAAAAAAAGUCCUUCAUUUGGGGAGGGACAUGGGAAUGCUGCAUUGUUGCCCUCUUUCUGAAAGGACCUUUCCUCUGCUUACCCUUCAACAUGCUUCAAGUUUAUCAACGCUACAUUUUGUAUUUUUCAAGCAAGUAUAAACUCUGCAAUAAAGAGAUGUAGU